UGAGCUCUCACCCCUGCUGCUCAUUGCCUGCACACCUUCCUUCGCUACGUCUUUCUCUCUGAGCUGCUCGCGUGCGUUUAGUUCUAAAGUGUUGUCGGAGGUUUUACGGUGGCUCAGCUUCCUUCACCGCGUCCUUCGAGGUCAGAUUUUUCUGGUCCUUUGCGCAAUUUUCUUAGCGUUAGGUCCGGAGGUUGGCUGCGGAGGUUUGAGGAGUGGAUGCUUGAGGUGGCUGCAGCUCAAGAUCUGGAGGAGACGUUGUCUGACGUCGAAGCUUCUGUCGGUGAUCUGAUAAGUGCGAAGGAGUUUGAGGGGAUGGCGGCGAUUACUUUUGAAUUCGGGCAGUCGACUGUGAGGGCGGAGGAUAUCGCUGACAUGGUUGAGGCUAGAUUUUUCAAGGAAGGUCGUGCGGAGGCUCCUCCUGCUGGUCAGACGGUGCCUGCGCCCGAAGAGGGGUAUGCGGUGGUAUUCAGGGACUUCUUCACCUGCGGACUUCGGAUGCCUCCGUAUCAUUUCCUUCGCGAAGUGAUGGAGAGCUUCAACGUGGAGCUGCAGCAUUUCAGCCCCAAUGGGAUACUGACCCUUAGCAAAUUCGCAUGGGCGUGCGAAUCCUACGGAGCCAUGCCCCACAUCGACACCUUCUGCUCGUACUUUGAGCUCCAGCGCCAGCCUAAGAAGGUGAAGGAUGCCGAAGGUGUCGAGUGCAUUGCGCAGUUCGGAAGCUGCGCGUUCAUGCCGCGCCGCACAAUGCCUGGGCCAAGGUGCGAGAUCUCCUACUGCCAAAAGGGGAAGUGGGAGAAGGAUUGGAUGAGAGCCUGGUUCUACGUGAGGACCCCCGCUGCGUCGAAGACUUUGGAUGACGGCAGCGUUGAUAAAGUUUAUCCUUACGCGUCGCUGAUGAAGGAGCUGAAGCCUUUCUCGAAGGUUGAUCCUUCGCAGGAGAUGUCGGAGGAACGACUUGCUUGUGACAAGGCAUUUGCGUUGGCAUGCCGAUACUCCGGAGGCCGGGAUUUGGUUGAGGAAAUGGUCGCUGCUGACUACUGGCCACUUGGCCGCAGGACCGAUGAGUUCACCAUUGAGAUGGUGCAAGUUCCUGUGUUUGGUCCUCCGGAGGGGUUGCCGUUUCCCCGGUUCGGCGCGGGUAUUCCGGAGGAUGAGACCAAGGAGUCCUUCCUUGAUCGCGUGGAGGUUUCUGCGCGGAGGAUCGUCGGGAAGAUCUCGGAGAAGGAGUAUCUCCAGCGGAGGUCUGCGCUCGGGACGAUGCCCCGGUUUAACCGCGUUUUUGAGGAAUUGGGGAUUGAGUAUGAGGAUUAUGUUAUUCCUCCGGAUGUUUUGCUUGGGUUGGAGAAGAAGAAGGACUCCUCGAAGGCUGUCGCCUUGGCGGAGUCGAAGAAGAGGAGAGGGGGUGGCGCAGUCAAGCAGCUUGCGAAGAAGCGGAGGGCGGAGGUUGUGCUAGAGACUCCUGUGGAGUCUUCCUCCGCCCGCUCAUCUGGUGCCGAGUCGAACUCGGUAGCUUCUGCGCCUGCGGAGGCCGCUGCUGCUGGUGGAGCUCCUGAAGCUGAAGCUUCGCGUGCGGUCUCCUCUGUGCGCGCGCCUUUCGCGUCUCUGCUUGGGGAGGAGUCCUCCGACGCGGAGGCCCCUGUGGCGAGCCCUGCGCGGGAGGCGAAUCCUGCAGAGUCUGAGGGUCCGCGCGUUGCUUCGGUUGGCGGAGGGUCUCCGCCUAAGGAGGUUCAGGUGGAGUCCAGCGACGAAGCUGAGUCCGCCUCCGUUCGGAGGAUCAGGAGGGCGGAGGCUCCCCUUCGUCCGGCUGGUGACGGUAUUAACUCGUUAUACAUGGGUAAUGAUUUUUUAUUGAUUAUUUUGUUUUUAUGCAAGUUUUGAUUGACUUGUUCUCAUGUUUUUUGUUUAUCUUUCAGCGGAGGUUUUUGCUGGGCUGGCUACCGCGGAGGAGAUGGCUAAAGGCGCCAGCGUCGCGCAGGAGGGGCUUGCCGUUCCUCCGCCGCGUGAGCCUGCGCCUUCUGCGUUGGCCAACAGGCCUUCGCCUGCUGAUGUUCUUGGUCCCGGUGCUUCUGAACCUUCGAUCACAGGUUGGACUGAUGCCUUGCGCGAGGUUCAUUCCUUGGUCGGAGAUCGUUUUCGUCAGAAGCUUCGCGGCAUGGACUUUGACACGCUCCUUCGCGUGCAAUAUGAGCACCAUAGCCUUGGUCAUCACAUGGCUGCCGCCUUAGAGGAGCGUUGCUCUCGGGAGGUUAUCUGCCGUGAUGAGGCAAUUGGUGUUCUGAAGAAGGAGAACGAGACCUUGGAGGCUGAGAAGGCUCGUCUGUCGGAGGAGGUUAGGGAGUUUUCCUCCGUCAGGAGGGAGG